AUGGAGGGUCUUCUGCGGAAAUAUGUAUUUGUUGUAUGUGCUUUGCUCAUUAAUGCUACUGGUUCACUCGCCCAACUGGAUGGGUGUGGUCGGGCUCGACUGAACACCAAGAUUAAUGGUGGUAACAAUGCUACUCCUGGGUUCUGGCCUUGGCAGGUCAGCUUUUGGAAAAAUGGCGGGCAUUUUUGUGGUGGUAGCCUGAUCAACCACAACUGGAUCUUAUCAGCUGCUCAUUGUUUUCAAGGCAUCACUACUGAAACUAAAAUCACAAUAUAUCUAGGAAUAAAUGAGUUCAAGGGUGACUACACCAAUAUGCAGAGCAAAAAUCGUACACAGAUUAUCACCCACCCAGCCUAUAACUCGGACAGUCAUGACAAUGACAUAGCAUUAGUCCAGCUCUCUUCUUCAGUGAAUUUCAGUGAUUACAUAAUGCCAGUGUGCCUCGCAGCAAGCAGCAGUUCUUUUCCUGUUGGUACUAAUGUCUGGGUCACAGGCUGGGGUAAUACUAGUUCUACUGGGAGCCUGCCACCCCCUAAAACUCUGCAAGAGGUGCAGAUACCGAUUGUCAGUAAUUAUGACUGCAUAAGUGCAUAUAAAUUGCCUCUGAUCACAGACAAUAUGAUCUGUGCAGGUCAAAAGGGAAAAGACUCAUGCCAGGGAGAUUCUGGAGGUCCAAUGGUGCUCAAGCAAAAUAACACCUGGGUUCAGGCUGGAAUUGUGAGCUUUGGUUCGGACAAGGGCUGUGCUUUACCCAACAUUACCGGUGUGUACACCAGGGUUUCUAAAUACCAAGCCUGGAUUAACAGCAAGAUCAACAGCAACCAACCGGGAUUUGUAACAGUCUCAAUUGGCAAUCGUGGCUCCCCUGCCCUUUUCUGUCUGCUCCUUUCAUUGUCUAUGAUUCACUUUGCUCCCUUGUAUUAAUGAGUACUUAAUUGUAAGUUCUACAAAAAAAGCAGAAUUUAUAAUACAUCAU